AGCGAGGCAGUGACCGCACGGAAAGCUCCGCGCGUUGGGGGCCUCGGUAGCCCGACACCCGCGGGACACGUGAGGAGCGGAAGUGAAAAGCGCCCCGGUUCGGCACUGUGCGUCCUACGGAAAUGGCGGAUGGUCCCUAAAGAGCAGCUGGGCUGCAGGGCCGGGAGCGAGCGGCCUGGGCCAUGAAUGCUCCGGGCGGGGGCUGGGACGGGGCCUGCGGGGGCGUCCGGCUCCUCCUGGACCUGUGUCUUCAGUGCUUGACAAAGAACAUUUCCAGAUAUGUUGCAGAUAUUAAGCCUUUGCCUCCCAACAUAAAAGAUAAGCUGAUAAAAUUAAUGAGUAUGCAAGGGCGGAUAACUGAUGCAAAUAUCAGUGAGUGUUCAAGGCUUCAGGGGGAUAAGACUCCACAGGUCCAGGAGGACCCAGGGGAGCAAGGUGCUGGACCACCAAUGAAUGUGGACGUUCCCACGGCACUGACAGCCUCGUCUGGCGACGAUGAGGACAAUACCAUGGGGCCCCUUCAGCCGGUUCCUCAGGAUGACGCCAAAGCGCACCAGGAACUUUUGAAGAGGGUCGCUUCCAACUUGGGGCUUGAGGCAGAGGAACUAGAAGAGCCCUCAGACUCUCUGUUUGAUGUUUUCUGCUCCUCAGCUCCUGCCAGGGUGGUCUUACCCCUUCAUGAAGGGGUUUCCAAAAUUACUAAUGCCCUGUGGCAGACCCCCUCUUCCUUGGCCCCUAUCUCUAAGAGGGCCGAACCCAAGUACUUUGUGCCAACCAAGGGGCAUGAGUACUUAUACUCCCACCCUGCCCCCAAUUCCCUUAUGGUAGAGGAGGUUAACCACAAAGAGAGGCAAGGACAACCCAGGGCCAGCCCCAAAAAUAAAGACUCGAGGAGGCUGGAUAUCUUUGGACGUAAGAUUUAUUCGUUUUCCAGCCUUCAGCUGAGAGUGGCCAACCACCAAGCCCUCCUUGGCUGGUAUGACUUCAAUAUGUGGCAAGCCAUGGUCAAGUUCGAAGAGUCGCUCUUUGAGGCUUCCAAAAAGGAAAUGACUUGCUUUAUUUCUUCAAUAGGAGUCAGAGCUCUGGCCUUGUCUUGCCCUUAUUUACGUGAAGCCUCAUUUAAAAGAUGCUGCAAUGUAUCAGACAGCGGAGUUCUGGCUCUGGCGCUCAAUUGCCAUCUUCUACAAAUAGUGAACUUAGGCAGCUGCUCAGGCAUCACCGAUGCAUCCCUGCAUGCGCUUGGACAGAACUGCAGAUUUCUACACAGUGUGGAUUUUUCAUCUACUCAGGUGACUGAUAAUGGUGUCAUAGCACUAGUUAGUGGGAUGUGUUCAAAGAAUUUAAAGGAGAUCCACAUGGAACGCUGUGUGACUCUGACAGAUGUAGCUGUGGAAGCUGUCCUUACCUGCUGUCCGGAGAUCUAUAUUCUGCUGUUUCAUGGAUGCCCACUGAUAACAGAUCGUUCCCGAGAAGCCUUGGAGCAAUUAGUUGGACCAAACAAAAUUAAGCAAGUGACAUGGACUGUUUAUUGAUUUUUAUAUAAAGUUCCCAGAUGGUAAAGCUUUUUCAGGAAACAACCAUCUCUGGGGCACAGCUUUCUCUCUGGUAACCACUGUCUUUUGUAAUACCAGAUUCCUUCAUUCUUUGUUUCUACUAGAGCUCUCUGUCAGCAUCCAAGUCCUUUCAUGUCUUAGGUGUGCCUGCCAAUACCCUGUUAAAUGAUAUUUCUUGCAAUUAAAGCAAUGCCUCUCUUUACAUCACAAGUCUGAUAAUCUUUUUGUGUGAAAAACACAGUUCACACCAAUUUAACAAGAAUAAUUAAUUUUAAAGCUUUAUGAAAAAAAUUUAGGGCAGUAUAUUGCCACCUUAAUUAUAGCACAAAGCAUAUGUAAAACAGAUAAAGCAGGAGAGGAUCAGAGAGUGAUCAGUUACCCAGUCCUAGUGCAUAGUAGGCUGUUUCUUUCAUCAGCAGGGCCAGACAAGUUUGGUCUUUUGGGCAGGGUUCUGUGUUGCUCCAAUCAUUCUUAACAAUACACAUCUUUUAUACGCUUACAUAACCCCUACAUCACGCAUGCCCAUAUCUAAUCAGUCUUUUCCUUUGUCCAUAUUUAAUAUAUUUCAUGCUAUGUACAUGCUUCACCGUUCUAAUUGGUUCCUUCAAAUCAAUCACAUGCAGUUCAUGCUUAAUAAACACGUUAUCUUGCCCAUUCACCUCAUCCAGACUUUUCCUGUUUAAUCUCAAUGUAUCUGCUCUUGCGCCCUUGAUGAUUUGGGUGCACAGCAGUUUGUUUUUCUCACACAUCCUAUUAUUUGAUAUUUUGCAAGCAUCCAUUUUUCUUUACUUUUAGUUAAGACACACUGACAAUUUAAAACAAAUGUUCUAGUAAACCAGAUCUUAUGCUAACAUUAAACAACUAAAUUAUCCACUCUUAAUAAAGGCCACACAACUUAACAUUAUUAUUACAUAUUAUUCUUUAACCUUGCCAAGGGGUUGGUUCACUUAACAAUAGAUCUUAUCUUAGCAAUAGGCCCUUUGUCCUAGUGGUCAGCAGGUUUUGGCUUGACCUUAACUCUUACUUAAUAUAUGUAGUUAAUAUGACCCUCCAAUGUUUUGAUUCUCCAACAGUAUUUCAUUAAGAAAAUAGUUUACCAUUAUUAUUAUUUGUAUUACAGUAAUGCCUAGCACCCCACUGCACUAGAUAUUGUACAGACAUGGUAAAAAGGCAGUUUCUACCCUAGAGAACUUGCUUGCAAACACUUAGCUUUAUGCACUUGUAGUUCCAUUUGAAGUCCCAAGCAUAAAGUUAAGCCAAUGCAUAAGUGUUUUCAGGAUUGGGAUCCAAGUUUAUGACUAGAUAUAGCAGGUGGAUAGAACAGGUGACCGUAGGGGAGAGUAAUAGUAAAACAAACAUGUUCUGCAUAAUAAACAGUAGUCGCAGUUUGCUACCUGCUUAGCUGCUGUUUUCCACAGGCCCAGCUAUGUUUACCUUGAGGUGUUAUUCCUUAAAAUAUAUUUCAUGCUGCUCUUUUUGGCAUUGAUUUGAGCUUAUUUGGGUUUUUAUAAACCCAAAAGCACAGCACGUAUGCUGUUAAAUGUGAAGUUGGCUUGAAUCAAGAAUAACUCCACUGAGGACCAAUGGAGUUAUUCUGGUAAAAAACUGCUGAGAGAUCAGGAUCGGGCUCCAGUAGUAUGUAUGUUUGAAUGACAUGUGCUGAACUAUCAAAGUACUAUCCUUAGGACAGGGUGGUCUCCUCUAAGGAGACUUUGCUCAUCUUGGCAUGCAGGCAUUUGUAUACAGUACAAGUUGACAAUAUAUCACUGAGUCGAACACUAGAAGUGGUUGAUAGAAGACCAUAACAGAUUUGCAUGCAAAAUUUAAAAGUGAAUAUAAGUUGCAUCUUCCUUUAACAUGACUCCAUGGCCCACUAUGAUAACCAAGAAUGGUGAGUAAUUUCAAAUCAAAUCUAUCGUGAGAUUCGCAGCAUUUCUGUCCCACUGGUAAGGAAUGUUUUCCCCCCUUUGCAGAUUGCUCCUCCUCUCUUUGAAGCUUUGAGGAGCUCCCAUCUUUGGUGGCUUUUCACUGCCAUCCUGGGGUUCUAUAGAGCAGCUUUCUUCCCUGGCUCAAUAGCUGGAAGAAUAGUAGCCUCACAGGAGUUAAUGCUCCUUAUUGCAGCUGCUCAUUCUUCUAGGGCGCUCCGCUUGAUGCAAGCAGAGACGGACCGAUCCUUGUGCCUUACCGGUUCUCAGGACUGCUGAGCCUCUAAAUCAGUGGUGGGC